AUGUCUUCGGCACCCUUUCUAUUCCUCUCCCCGGCACUACCUUCUGAACUUCUAACUUAUAUCUUAACUCAUCACGUCCAUCCAACUACUCUGGUUAUAUGUUCUUCCCGCUUAGAAUUCCUUGCGUCUCUUUCGGACGAUGUGCUUCAAGGGACAGCUCAUCCGGACGAGGUAGCUUCUGAUAAACAUCCAGUAGAAACUUCAGCAUCUGCUGCUGCGCCAAAGAUCCAAGAUGUCAAACAAGAACAGGCCAGGCAACAACACCGGCUUCUCUCCUCUCCGCUAUACCAAAUAGCCACAUCGCGGUACAUCCGUGUCGUCUACAUCCCCACAGUUACGCAUCUCCGCGCAUACUUGUCUGUCUUCUCACCAGAUGACUCUGAAGUCCCAAUUCCGCCCCCCGGCUUCAACUCUUUAGGGAAAUGCACACCGUGUAUAAUACUAUACGGAUUCCUACAAGUGCAUCGCGAUACGAGUGAGUGGAGCGCCCAAGGUCUCGGCAACUCUGCAUCCACGCUAGUAGAGCUAGGUCACCGGUUAUCGUGGCAGACGAUCGUUAUCGAGCCCCGGAAGCAUAGCUCUGCAUCUCUAUUUGAGGAAUCACUAAGAGAAAAUGUUCCCUUUUUAAGUGGCGGUGGGCGGAAACUAGGUCCCGACGCGGAGGCUGGCGGUUGGACUGGUCGGACUGUAGAAGUCGGAAGAGUCAUGAAGAGAUGGUUUGAUUUCCAACUUGGGGAAUGGGAUAUAAACUUGAAUGAAGACAAGUAG